UCUAGUGAAUUUAAAUGCUUUUGCCUAUUUAUACAGAAAGGUAAAUAACAAGAAUCCGCAAAGCUACGCGUCAUAGACACAUUAAAGCAAAAAAUCUCUAAAUAGAAUUGGGCGUUGAUUUAUUGUUGUUAAUCAUGGAAACAAAAUCUGUUCUUCCAUGACCAAUCCUAGAUUUUGCCGUAUGAAAUCCAUCUCUGUUGGUUGCUUGGAAAGAAAGCCUGUAUACCCCCAACCCAACUUUGUUUCUUUUCUAUCAAACACGUUCUCAAAACUCAGAAGGUCCUACUUCAGCAAUCGCUUCGCCUCUUGAUAAAUACCACACAACCCGACUCCAAUAUUAUUAGAUUUCAUCAAAACCAAGAAAGGAUAAAAGAAAAUGAGCUCUCUUUGUCUUUCGGGUGUUCUCUUUCUUUGCGCUCCUAGUAUCUUUUUCCUUGUAUCAUUUGCUCAGAAUCAUCCAUCAACACUUUUUACAUUUCCACUUCACUUCCAUCAAGCUUUCAAUCCUUUGUACGGAGGAGGUAACAUAGUCCCUUAUGACGGCAACAAUUCUGUGCAAAUCUCCAUGGAUGCGACAACGAGUUCUGGGUUCCACUCUAAGCUAAUGUAUGUGCAUGGAUACUUCCAGACAUCCUUAAAGUUGCCGGAGAACUACACCGCAGGAGUUGUUGUCACCUUCUACGCCUGUAAUAAUCACAAAUAUCCCUUCUACCGUGAUGAAAUCGAUUUCGAGUUCUUGGGCCACAUUCAUGGCCAAAAGUGGUUACUGCAGACAAACUUGUACGGAAAUGGAAGCACUAAUAGGGGAAGAGAAGAGAGAUAUGAGCUAUGGUUUGACCCGUCUGAGGACUUUCAUCGUUAUGGGAUUUUGUGGACUGAAAAUAGAAUAACAUACUAUGUUGAUAAUGUUCCCAUUAGGAAUGUGAAAAGGGUUGAUGAGAUGGGGGGUGAUUUUCCGUCUAAGGAAAUGAGUUUGUAUGGGACUAUAUGGAACGGGUCGAAUUGGGCCACCGGGGGAGGCCAAUAUAAAAUGGAUCUGAGUUACGGGCCUUUUGUCGCUAAGUACUCGAGUUUCCUGUUAAAUGGGUGCCCAUCUAAUCCGGGCCAGUGCAAUGAGUACUUGAGAAUUUCAAAUGAUCUCACACGGGGAGAAAGAGCUCAAAUGCAUGAUUUCAGGAGGAAACUGAUGACUUAUUCCUAUUGUUAUGAUAGAAAACGUUAUGCUGUUCCUUUGCCUGAGUGUGUUUUCAAUUCUUUGGAAUUUCAACAUCUUCAAAAGUUUGAUCCCUGGACGUUCGGAUCGAGGAAAUGAAUGGAUUUUUCAUAGUAAUUUCAAUCUUUUGAUUGAGUUUGCUAUUUCACAUUCG